AGGGCAAGUAUGCCCUCGUACAAUUUAUCAGACCCCAGCGAAAAAUAGAUUGCCGUAAAACUGAUUGUUUCGCUACGAAGGAGCUGCGGGGGAGUGCGGACAAACUUGCAAAAUGAUGCGCUUCUUGCUCCUGUUCAGUCGUCAGGGGAAGCUGAGGCUGCAGAAGUGGUUCAUCCCCCUGCCCGAGCGGGAGAGGAAGAAGAUCGUCCGCGAGAUGACCUCCAUGGUGCUGGCCCGCAAGCCCCGCUCCUGCAACUUCCUGCACUGGAAGGACCUUAAGAUCGUCUAUAAGAGGUAUGCUAGCCUCUACUUCCUCACUGCCCUGGAAAGCGAGGACAAUGAGCUGAUGGCCCUGGAAAUCCUACACCGUUACGUAGAGCUGCUGGACAAGUACUUUGGCAAUGUGUGUGAGCUGGACAUCAUUUUUAACUUUGAGAAAGCCUACUUCAUCCUGGACGAGUUCCUCAUGGGUGGGGAGGUGCAGGAGACCUCCAAGCAGUCGGUGGCACGGUCCAUCGAGGCGUCUGACAUGCUGCAGGAGACAAUGGAGGAAUACAUGAGCAAACCAGCCUUUUGAAAACAGAGAGAGGGAAGCACGUCACUGUUGAGGAGCUACCCAGCAGACUGGAAAAUUGUGGAUUACGAGCACCUUCUAAAAAACAAAAACAUCUCUGAAAGGGAAGUCUCAUGUCUGUCUGCUUUGCAGUGCACAAGGGAAUACUGUUAACAUGAACUUUCUACCUACCUACUUGACGUUUGGCUUCAUUUUUUUUUCCUGUAAAGAGGAACAUUCUGGCCCUGGAGAGUGAAGCAAGUCUUUUGAGAAAUGUUGGAUGUUAUUUUCCUUCCUUCGUCCUUUUCCCCCCUGCUGCUUUGUGUCAGAUAAAUGAAGAGGUGUCACAUAGAGGCACCAUCUUCUGCAGGGCUCAGCGUCCAGACGACUACCAGAGCAAUCGGUGUGGUUAUUCAGUCUGAAUAUUAAUAAUCACACCCGACUGUCAUGACUGUAAUCGCCGUCGACUAACGAUCUCUGAGAGUUACCACUAGACACGUUUUUGCCUUUUAAAUCAACCUUUAUUUUCCAUAGAAUCACGUCACUUUGUUUUGCAUCCAUCCAGUUCAGGUGGAAAUAUGCAACAUGUGCCUUCUUGGUGUGAGAGAAAAGAUUUUGUAAGUGCUGUUACAAUGUGAGGAUUUUGUCCUAACAUAUAAUGUCUGUUUUGAGAUUUUUGUCAUAAAGGCUGUAUUUUUUCAUAAAUCCGUCUCUGCAUUUUCUGAACCGCGUACGUGCAGACGAUGGAACAUUUUUAGCUAGCAGCAAUCCCGUCUUCAGGAAAAACGCGCUAAUCAUAUCUGACUGCUCAGAUUUUGUGCAGACUGUAAAUUUGCCCAACUACUUGCAUCUGUCCUGUUAAAGCACUUUUUUUUCAUAUUAAUGCUGUUAUAUCCAAAACCACAUGAAUGAUACC